CAAGCUUGUUGUUCGUUGUGAGCACAUGUCACGCUGAAAUGAUCAGAAAUUGUUUCUGCAGUGAAGCUGAUUCAUGCAUAAAUCAGUAUUACAAAAAUUUUAUGCCAUGCAUUGAUCAUUGUCAGAAUCGUAUCGCAGCAUUGGGUGCGAAUUUUGGCCUGAUUCGAAACUGUAUCACAUCAUUUGAACCAAGUGUUCGAAACACAGCUAAUUGCGUCUGGCGGAUAAUGCUUAAUCGGAGGGCUUGUACAAAUGGACAAGCGAGAAUGGUUGAAAAACAUUACGAUGCUGGAAUGAAGAUAGCAUUUAUGGCAGAGUUGAGAAAAGUUGCGAAUAGAGCAGGAAUCACAGCUGAGAGUAUGGGUGGUUUAGUUAGUGGAGGUAAAAAAGUGGUGAGUUGCAUGCGGAAAUGUAUGAACAAAUCGAGCGGUGGCUGCAUGCAUGAUACAAAUACAUGUCAGUUAAUUUUACCGCCGGAGAAUGAGUUCAUACAAAUGAUAAAGCAAUGUGGAAUACAGAAUGGCAUCGAUACAGCCGGAUUCCAACGAUUCUGCCAAUGUGUUGCCGCAUCUGGAAUUUCGCGACUGUUCAAUUUUUGUCCGCGUAUUCAGAUCUAUAAGUAAGGAACAACCCAAAUAACUCAACGAGUACGCAUAUGAACCAAUGCAACAAAUGAACAAUUCAUUUUGUUUUUAAAUAAAUAUUGUUAUUUUUUAUUUAAAUACAUACUGAUUUUGUUUUGUAUUUGAAUAUGUGUUGAUUACGUUUUGUAUUUGGAUAAAUGAAUAUUGAUUAUGAAGUAAUAAAU